AUGAUCUCUUUCAUUUAUGCCAUAGCUGCUUUAACUGCUUUUGCACAGGAUCCAGUUUGUAGGUUACAAGGAAGGCCAGACUUGCCUCUGUUUUCAAAGAAUGGUGAUAUUAUAAUAGGGGGGGUCUUUUCCUUACAUGACAACCUAGUUCUCAACAAGCCUUCAUUUAAUAUUAUACCUGAGCCUCUAAAAUGUAAAGGAUUCAAUUUCAGAGAAUUUCAGUUUGCUGAAGCAAUGAUUUAUGCUAUUGAAGAGAUAAAUAACAGUACAGAUAUGCUUUUGAAUAUAUCCCUGGGAUACAGAAUAUAUGAUGGUUGUGGCUUCCCACUCUUGGCAAUCAAAGGAUCCAUGGAUUCAGUGAUUGGGCCAGAGGAAAGAACAAAUGUGAAUGUGUCUUGCAACAAAUUAUCUACUGUUCAUGGACUCAUUGGACAGUCUGAUUCUACAUCAACAAUAGGGAUGGCAACCACAUUUGCACCCUUUCAUAUCCCUGUGAUUAGUCACUUUGCCACAUGUGCCUGUCUCAGCAACAAGAAAUUGUUUCCAACAUUUUUCCGUACAAUACCAAGUGACUACUAUCAAAGCAAAGCUUUGGCACAACUUGUGAAAUACUUUGGGUGGACUUGGGUUGGAACAGUUAGAAGUGACAAUGAUUAUGGGAAUAAUGGAAUGGCAACUUUCUUACAAGCUGCACAACAGGAGGGAGUGUGCAUUGAGUAUUCAGAAGCUAUUUUUCGCACUAAUCCACGUGACAAAUUUCUCAAAACCGUGGAUGUUAUUAAACAGUCUUCUUCAAAAGUGAUAGUAGCUUUUGUAUCAUUUAUAGAUAUGGAAUUUCUCAUUAAUGAACUGUUGCUACAGAAUGUCACAGGAUUUCAAUGGAUUGGCAGUGAGUCGUGGGUUUCAGCUAAAAAUCUAGCAACAAAAGCCAAUUUUAAAGUUAUUGGUGGUGCUGUAGGAGUUGCAAUUGGCAAUGCAAUAAUACCAGGUCUAAAAGAAUUUUUACUGCACAUUCAACCAACAGAUGCACCUGAUAACAGUGGCCUAAAUAAGCUUUGGGAAAUGACUUUUAAUUGUUCUUUUACUACUGAAGGUAAUUUAACGUCCUUUAAAAAAUGUACUGGAACAGAAAGUAUGAAUGAAAUAAAUAAUGAUUAUACAGAUAUAAAUGACCUUGGGAUCACAAAUAAUGUAUACAAAGCAGUCUAUGCCAUAGCCCAUUCUCUACAUAAUCUUGUCACUUGUCGAAAUGGAAAUGAUCCUUCAAACCGAAAAAUAUGUGAAAAUCCUAACCAGAUUGAGCCAUGGCAGGUAUUACAUUAUCUCAAGACAGUUAAUUUUACAAAUAGGAACGGUGAGCAGGUUUACUUUGAUGACAAUGGAGACCCUGUUGCAAGGUAUGACCUGAUAAACUGGCAAAUGAGUAAAGAAGGAGCAAUAAAAUUUAUUACAGUUGGUAUUUAUGAUUCAUCCCAACCAGAAAGGCAGCAAUUUAAAAUGAAUAAUAUCACAAUCAUGUGGGCAGGCACCCAGAAUAAGGUGCCAAAAUCCAGCUGCAGUGAGAGCUGCUCCCGUGGUACUCGAAAAGCUGUUCAGAAAGGAAAACCCCUCUGUUGCUUUGACUGUUUACCUUGUGCUGAAGGUGAAAUUAGCAAUUCCACAGAUUCAAUUGACUGCAUCAAGUGCCCUUUGGAAUACAAAUCAAACAGACAAAGAGAUCAAUGCAUAUUAAAGGAAAUUGAAUUCCUAUCCUUUGAAGAAAUCAUGGGGACAGUCCUGGUGAUAUUUUCAUUAUUGGGAACUUGUGCAACAAUAGCUAUAGCAUCAGUUUUCUUUCAUUUUAAGGAAACUCCUAUUGUCAAAGCCAAUAACUCUGAGUUAAGUUUCCUUUUAUUAUUUUCAUUAGUGCUUUGUUUCCUGUGUUCAUUGACAUUUAUUGGCGAACCCUCUGAUUGGUCCUGUAUGUUACGUCACACUGCCUUUGGAAUAACAUUUGUUUUAUGUAUUUCUUGUGUUCUAGGUAAAACAAUAGUGGUGUUAAUGGCAUUUAGAUCCACACUUCCCGGAAACAAUAUGAUGAAAUGGUUUGGCCCGAUACAACAGAAGUUCACUGUUUUUUCCUUUACCCUUAUACAAGCAAUAGUUUGCUUGAUUUGGCUAUUAGUGUCACCUCCGUUCCCAUAUCAAAACACUUCAUACUACGUAGAGAAAAUCAUCUUAGAAUGUAAUUUGGGUUCAUCAGUAGCAUUUUAUGCUGUUUUAGGUUAUAUUGGAUUUUUGUCUGCCAUAUGUUUUGUACUUGCUUUUUUCGCCCGUAAAUUACCAGAUAACUUUAAUGAAGCAAAAUACAUAACUUUUAGUAUGCUGAUAUUCUGUGCUGUCUGGAUUACUUUCAUUCCGGCAUACAUCAGCUCACCUGGAAAAUAUACAGUAGCAGUAGAAAUAUUUGCAAUUUUAGCUUCAAGCUUUUCUUUGCUUUUUUGUAUUUUUGCUCCAAAGUGUUACAUACUAUUAUUAAAACCAGAGAAGAAUACAAAGAAGCAUCUAAUGGGCAAACCAACAUAAAAUGCUUAAUCCUGCCUUAUAAAUUCGAAAUUAAUGGUUAUUUCUUUUUUCUCAACAUACUUUAUGACUUUCUGUAUGUUCACAUUUUAACCAAAGCAAAAUGUAAAUGCUGAUGCUAAAUUACUUAUUUACAUUUUGCACUGUAUAUGGCUAAACUAAAAUCUUACAGUAUUUAUAAAGAA